AUGGCUAAUUUACCGUCCUUUACAAGAACGUUCCAUCGGGACGCUUACCCAGCCAUAUCACCAACAAGACCAGAACUGUCAGCAGCUGGAAAAGUCGUUAUUGUCACCGGCGCAGCAGGUCGGAUUGGCAAGGCGACUUGCAUAGCAUUUGCCCGCGCUGGAGCCCAAUAUGUAGCGAUGCUAGAUCUCGACCGCGAGAGCCUGCAAAGGGCGAAAGCAGAAAUCGAGCAGGAUUCAGGAUGCAAAUCCACCAACCUUCACUUAUUCCCCGUCGAUAUCAGGAACCAGCCCGCAAUCACAGAGGCCUUCUCCUCGAUCGAGUCGAACUUGGGCAAGGUGAACGUCCUGGUCAAUAACGCCGGGUACCAACCUUCCCCCGAGCUUUAUCGAGAUGCCGACAUUGAUGAGUGGUGGAAGAGCUUCGAAAUCAACGUCAAGGGCAGUUUCAUUGUCACGCAAGAGUUCGUGCGAAGAGCGGCCCAGGACCCCUCAAGCAAAACCGAACCUGUAUUGAUUAAUGUCUCGAGCGUGCUUGCACAUUGGGGGGUCAGACAGGGUUAUGUCAACAAGCAAAGUGCUUACAGCAGUGCCAAAAUGGCCAUGACACGAGCCAUGGAGGUUCUGCAGCAGGAAGAGCCAUGGUUGCGGGUGGUGAAUAUCCAUCCUGGCCUUGUGGUAUCGCCAAUGGCGGCGAAGUCGGGGACACUGGAGUAUUCGAUCGACAAUGUUAAUCUGCCAGCAUACUUUGCCGUAUGGCUUGCGAGCGACGAGGCUGGGUUCACAAAGGGGAGAUUCUUAUGGUCGAAUUGGGACGUAGGGGAACUGCAGCAACGGAAGGCUGAGAUUCUGGAACAGGAUCUGCUGAGGUUGAAGGUGGAUAGGUUGUGA